UCUCUCCUGGUUUUAUUCAAACUACGGAUCGACGCUUUCAGUGGAGCCGGAGUCACUUAUCAGAACUGAGGAAGGUUUAUGCCCUUUCCCUUCAGCGGGUGUUGUGUUUGCUGCGCUGCUCUCCGUUGUGGUGCAAACUAGUUAGCUCAUAGAAAAAACCCGCUCAGUACUGGAGUUCAACACAGUCGUCUGGCCUGUUUUACUGAGCGGCAUUUGUGUCCGACUGCGCUUCCGCCAUGUUGAAGUGAUUCAAGUUGUGAGUGACUGCUGGGAGCGAAGUGACAAGCCCCAGAAACCGGACUAGAGAGAGUCAGGGGGCUGUUACCGCGCCGGUGACGCAGGAAAAACACCCAGAAGCAGAGGAAAAAACGUAGGAAUUAGAUCUUUCUAGUAACAGGUUUUGGAUCCUGCGAAACUGUCACUGAUAACAGGCCACGUUUAUGUAAUAUACGACGACAGCACCGUUGAAGGCUGGCCGUAGCCCGUGAAUAGAGGGAAGUCAUAUCAGAUUCCUGGUUAUGCAAUGGUCUCAGCGGCACAUCCAGAUCUCCAGGUGCUUGUGUCCCUCUCUCGUGUGUUCGGGCUCUCUUCCCUCUGCUCUACAGCUGAGGUGGCUGUGAUUUCCCUCCUGGCUAGCGCUCCCUAAGAGGCCAAGAUUGCCAAGAUCUGCCCUGUGGCGAGCAUGACAGCCACCACGCGUGGCUCUCCGGUGGGGGGCAAUGACAGUCAGGGCCAGGGCCAGGCACCUGAUGCUCAGAGCCAACCCCCACUGCCACAGAACCAGACAUCAUCCCCUAACUCAUCUAAUGAGAACUCUCCAGUGAGCCCACCAGAUGAGCAGGGCCAGGGGGAUGGCCCCCCUCAGCUUGAAGAGGAGGAGCCCGCCUUCCCUCACACUGACCUAGCCAAGCUGGAUGAUAUGAUCAACAGGCCUCGCUGGGUCGUACCAGUUUUGCCAAAAGGAGAGUUAGAAGUUCUCUUAGAAGCUGCAAUUGACCUGAGUAAAAAAGGACUGGAUGUGAAGUGUGAGGCAUGUCAGAGGUUUUUCCGAGAUGGUCUGACCAUCUCCUUCACAAAGAUCCUGACAGACGAGGCAGUCAGUGGCUGGAAGUUUGAGAUUCAUAGAUGUAUCAUCAAUAACACACACCGGUUGGUGGAGCUGUGUGUGGCCAAGCUCUCUCAGGACUGGUUCCCUCUACUGGAGCUGCUGGCCAUGGCCACCAACCCCCACUGCAAGUUCCACAUCUACAACGGCACACGGCCCUCUGAGACUGUCCCCGCUGGUGCACAGCUGGCCGACGAUGAGCUCUUUGCCCGACCACCAGACCCACGCUCUCCUAAGGGCUGGUUGGUGGACUUAAUAAACAAAUUUGGCACGUUAAACGGGUUUCAAAUGUUGCAUGAUCGCUUCAUGAGUGGCCAAGCACUGAACGUCCAGAUCAUCGCUGCACUUAUCAAGCCUUUUGGCCAGUGUUACGAGUUCCUCACAUUGCACACGGUAAAGAAGUACUUCCUUCCAGUCAUCGAGAUGGUUCCCCAGUUUCUAGAGAAUCUCACAGAUGAGGAGCUGAAGAAAGAGGCCAAGAAUGAAGCCAAAAACGACGCACUGUCCAUGAUAAUCAAGUCUCUGAAGAAUCUGGCUUCUCGUGUUCCAGGGCAGGAGGAGACUGUGAAGAACUUAGAGAUUUUUAGAUUAAAAAUGAUUCUUAGGUUAUUGCAAAUUUCUUCUUUUAAUGGCAAAAUGAAUGCACUAAAUGAAGUUAACAAGGUGAUCUCCAGUGUGUCCUACUACACUCAUCGGCAUAACCCUGAAGAGGAGGAGUGGCUGACUGCGGAGCGCAUGGCGGAGUGGAUCCAGCAGAACCACAUCCUGUCCAUUGUGCUGAGAGACAGUUUGCACCAACCGCAGUAUGUGGAGAAACUGGAGAAGAUCCUUCGCUUCGUCAUCAAAGAAAAAGCUCUUACAAUGCAGGAUCUGGACAACAUUUGGGCAGCACAGGCCGGAAAGCAUGAGGCCAUUGUGAAGAACGUCCAUGACCUCCUCGCCAAGCUGGCAUGGGACUUCUCACCUGAGCAACUUGACCACCUUUUUGACUGUUUCAAGGCAAGCUGGACCAAUGCCAGCAAGAAGCAGCGUGAAAAACUGCUGGAACUUAUCCGGCGCCUGGCUGAGGACGAUAAGGAUGGCGUGAUGGCCCACAAGGUUCUCAACCUGCUGUGGAACCUGGCACACAGCGAUGAUGUGCCCGUAGACAUCAUGGAUCAGGCUCUUAGUGCUCACAUCAAAAUAUUAGAUUACAGUUGCUCACAGGAUCGAGACACACAGAAGAUUCAAUGGAUAGAUCGUUUUAUAGAGGAGCUACGAACCAAUGACAAAUGGGUGAUCCCUGCCCUGAAGCAAAUCAGAGAAAUCUGUAGCCUCUUUGGAGAAGCCCCUCAAAACCUUAGAAAGAAAAUGCCAAUUAACAUACAAACGAACUUAGCGGGUCAAACCCAGAGAAGUCCUCAUGUGUUUUACCGCCACGACCUGAUCAACCAGCUGCAGCAUAACCACGCUCUGGUCACCCUGGUAGCUGAGAACCUCUCGGCCUACAUGGAGACCAUGAGGCAGUUCUCCAAAGAAGAACAAGCUGAGUUUGACCCCCAGACGGUCAGACCAGGAAGCCGCUACAGCCAUGUGCAAGAAGUACAGGAACGACUCAACUUCCUGAGGUUCCUGUUAAAAGAUGGCCAGCUGUGGCUGUGUGCCCCUCAGGCCAAGCAGAUCUGGAAGUGUCUGGCUGAGAAUGCAGUGUUUCUCUGUGACCGUGAGGCCUGCUUCAAAUGGUACUCAAAGCUUAUGGGUGACGAACCAGACCUGGACCCAGACAUCAAUAAGGACUUCUUUGAGAACAACGUCCUGCAGUUGGACCCAUCUCUGCUGACAGAGAACGGCAUGAAAUGCUUUGAGAGGUUCUUCAAGGCGGUCAACUGCAGGGAGGGCAAGCUGGUGGCAAAGCGCAGGGCCUACAUGAUGGAUGACCUGGAAUUAAUAGGCCUGGACUACCUCUGGAGGGUGGUUAUUCAAGGAAGCGAUGACAUCGCCAGCCGAGCUAUAGACCUGCUGAAAGAGAUCUACACCAACCUCGGACCAAAACUACAAGUCAACCAGGUUGAAAUUCAUGAAGAUUUCAUCCAGUCAUGUUUUGACCGUCUGAAAGCGUCCUACGACACCCUGUGUGUGCUGGAUGGAGACAAAGACAGCAUCAACUGCGCCCGUCAGGAGGCUAUCCGAAUGGUGCGAGUUCUCACUGUGCUCAAGGAGUACAUCAAUGAGUGUGACAGUGACUACCACGAGGAAAGGACUAUACUGCCAAUGUCAAGAGCUUUCCGUGGGAAGCACAUCACAUUGAUCGUCCGAUUCCCCAACCAGGGGCGUCAGGUCGAUGACUUGGACAUCUGGUCGCACACCAAUGACACAAUUGGCUCAGUUCGGCGUGGCAUCCUCAACAGGAUCAAAGCUAAUGCUGCACAUACCAAGAUUGAGCUCUUCAUUGGUGGAGAGGUUGUUGAUCCAGCGGAUGACAGGAAGCUGAUUGGACAGCUUAAUUUGAAGGACAAAACGCUGAUCACAGCCAAGCUGACCCAGGUGAGUGCCAACAUGCCUUCAAGCCCAGACAGCUCGUCUGACUCAUCCACUGGCUCUCCUGGUAAUCACGGCAACCACUACAGCGAUGGGCCCAACCCUGAGGUGGAGAGCUGUCUUCCUGGUGUGAUUAUGUCGCUGCAUCUGCGCUACAUCUCCUUCCUGUGGCAGGUGGCUGACCUGGGAUGCAGCCUCAACAUGCCACUGCUCCGAGAUGGAGCGCGGGUUCUCAUGAAACUCAUGCCCCCAGAUAACACUACUGUGGAGAACCUGCGAGCUGUGUGUCUGGAUCACGCAAAGCUCGGUGAAAACAGCCUCAGUCCGUCACUGGACUCGCGCUUCUUCGGCCCCUCACCCUCACAAGUGCUCUACCUCAUUGAGGUUGUUUAUGCUUUGCUGAUGCCAGCCAGUGCCACCCUGGGCGAGGACGCCAGCGACUUCCAGUACAAUUUUCUAAAGAGCGGUGGGCUGCCGCUGGUGCUGAGCAUGCUCACCAGGAACAACUUCCUCCCAUCGGCAGACAUGGAGACGCGCCGUGGGGCUUACCUCAAUGCGCUUAAGAUCGCCAAGCUCCUCCUCACUGCCGUAGGCUUUGGGCAUGUGAAGGCUGUGGCUGAGGCCUGCCAGCCCAACGCAGAGGGAAAUAUUCCCGUCUCACCGAUUAAUCAGGCCACUCACGACCAGGCCCUGGUCCUGCAGAGUGCCCUGCAAAACAUCCCGAACCCUGCCUCAGAAUGCAUGCUGCGUAAUGUAGCCAUCCGCCUGGCCCAGCAAAUCUCGGAUGAGGUAACAGAAAAUAAUUUCUUCCAGGCAUCAAAGUACAUCCCCGACAUCUGUGUGAUCCGAGCGGUACAGAAAAUAGUGUGGGCAUCCGGCUGUGGUACGGUGCAGCUCGUCUUCAGUUCAAAUGAAGACAUCAGCAAGAUAUAUGAGAAGACAAAUGCAGCUAAGGAGCCAGAUGGGGAAGAUGAGCAGGUGUGUUGCGAGGCCCUGGAGGUGAUGACACUGUGUUUUGCCCUCAUGCCCACGGCUCUGGACACACUCAGUAAGGAGAAGGCUUGGCAGACCUUCAUCAUAGACUUGCUGCUACACUGCCACAGCAAAUCAGUGCGCCAAAUGGCCCAGGAGCAGUUUUUCCUGAUGGCAACUCGGUGCUGUAUGGGCCAUCGACCCCUCCUCUUCUUUAUCACCCUCCUCUUCACUGUGCUGGGGAGUACAGCCAAGGAGCGAGCCAAACACGCUGGAGAUUACUUCACUUUACUCAGACAUCUUCUGAACUAUGCUUAUAACAGCAACAUCAACCUGCCAAAUGCUGAGGUGCUGCUCAACAACGAGAUCGACUGGCUGAAACGGAUAAGGGAUGAGGUGAAGAGGACAGGGGAGACUGGUGUGGAGGAGACCAUCCUGGAGGGCCACCUUGGUGUUACCAAAGAGCUCCUGGCCUUCCAGACACCAGAGAAGAAGUAUUAUAUCGGCUGCGAGAAAGGAGGAGCGAACCUCAUUAAGGAGCUGAUCGACGACUUCAUCUUCCCAGCGUCUAAUGUGUACCUGCAGUACAUGAAGAGUGGGGAGUUCCCCACAGAGCAGGCCAUCCCGGUCUGCAGCACCCCUGCCUCCAUCAACGCUGGCUUUGAGCUCCUGGUAGCACUGGCUGUCGGAUGUGUUCGCAACCUCAAGCAAAUCGUAGACACCCUGACUGACAUGUACUACUUAGGUUGUGAGACGCUGACAGAGUGGGAGUACUUGCCUCCGGUGGGGCCGCGGCCCAACAAAGGCUUUGUGGGUUUAAAGAACGCCGGGGCCACCUGUUAUAUGAACUCUGUCAUUCAGCAGCUGUACAUGAUCCCGCCAAUCCGCAAUGGCAUCCUGGCUAUCGAGGGCACGGGCACUGAUGUGGACGAUGAUAUGUCAGGGGAUGAGAAGCAGGAGAAUGAGAGUAACGUGGAUCCUCGUGAUGAGGUGUUCAGCUACCACCAUCAGUUUGAUGAUAAACCCUCCAGUAAGUCAGAGGACAGGAAAGAGUACAACAUCGGCGUACUACGCCACCUGCAGGUCAUUUUUGGACAUCUGGCUGCAUCCAGACUUCAGUACUAUGUCCCCAGGGGAUUCUGGAAACAGUUCAGAUUAUGGGGAGAGCCAGUGAACUUGCGGGAGCAGCAUGAUGCUUUGGAGUUUUUCAACUCUUUGGUGGACAGUUUGGAUGAAGCGUUGAAAGCACUCGGCCACCCUGCCAUGCUGAGCAAGGUGCUAGGAGGGUCGUUUGCUGACCAGAAGAUCUGUCAGGGAUGCCCCCACAGGUAUGAGUGCGAAGAGUCGUUCACAACACUCAAUGUAGACAUCAGAAACCACCAGAACCUGUUGGACUCCAUGGAGCAGUACGUGAAAGGAGAUCUGCUUGAGGGAGCCAACGCCUACCACUGUGAGAAGUGUAAUAAGAAGGUGGACACAGUGAAGCGCCUGCUGAUAAAGAAGCUGCCACCUGUCCUCGCCAUCCAGCUGAAGCGCUUCGACUAUGACUGGGAGAGGGAGUGUGCCAUUAAAUUCAAUGACUACUUUGAGUUCCCCAGGGAGCUGGACAUGGAGCCGUACACAGUAGCCGGUGUGGCCAAGCUAGAGGGCGAUGACGUCAACCCGGAGAACCAGGUGAUCCAACAGAACGAGCCCUCUGAACCCACACCUCCCGGCAGCUCCAAGUAUCGUCUGGUAGGAGUGCUGGUCCACUCAGGCCAGGCCAGCGGCGGACACUACUAUUCCUACAUAAUCCAGAGGAACGGGGGCGAUGGCGAGAAGAACCGCUGGUAUAAGUUUGACGAUGGCGAUGUUACUGAGUGCAAGAUGGAUGAUGAGGAGGAGAUGAAGAACCAGUGCUUUGGAGGGGAAUACAUGGGCGAGGUGUUCGAUCACAUGAUGAAAAGGAUGUCGUACCGGAGGCAGAAGCGCUGGUGGAAUGCCUACAUCCUAUUCUAUGAGCGUAUGGACUCACUGGACAAGGACAGCGAGCUUGUCAAAUACAUCUCGGAGUUGACCAUCUCCUCCACCAAGCCGCAUCAGGUCAAGAUGCCUGGUGUCAUUGAGUGCAGCGUCCGCAAGCAGAACGUCCAAUUCAUGCACAACCGAAUGCAAUACAGCCUGGAAUAUUUCCAGUUCAUUAAGAAACUUCUGACCUGUAACAGUGUCUAUUUAAACCCUCCUCCAGGACAAGACCAUCUUCUGCCAGAGGCAGAGGAGAUUGCAAUGAUAAGUGCUCAGCUGGCUGCUAGGUUCCUCUUCAGCACAGGUUUUCACACCAAGAAAGUAGUACGGGGUCCUGCCAGUGACUGGUAUGACGCCCUCUGCAUCCUGCUGAGACACAGUAAGAAUGUACGCUAUUGGUUUGCACACAAAGUCCUGUUUGCUUACCCUAACCGGUUCUCAGAGUACCUGCUUGAGUGCCCGAGCGCUGAGGUCCGUGGUGCAUUUGCCAAGCUCAUUGUCUUCAUCGCUCACUUCUCCCUGCAAGACGGGCCGUGCCCCUCCCCCACCGCCUCACCUGGACCCUCUACUCAGGGCUGUGAUAAUCUCAGUCUAAGUGACCACCUGUUGAGAGCCGUACUCAACCUGCUCAGAAGAGAGGUCUCUGAACACGGCCGUCACCUGCAGCAGUACUUCAACCUCUUUGUCAUGUACGCCAAUCUGGGCUUGGCAGAAAAGACUCAGCUAUUGAAGCUGAAUGUCCCUGCCACCUUCAUGUUGGUCGCUCUGGACGAGGGUCCCGGCCCUCCUAUCAAGUACCAGUACGCUGAGCUGGGCAAGCUCUACACUGUGGUCUCCCAGCUGGUCCGUUGCUGUGACGUCUCCUCACGCAUGCAGUCCUCCAUCAAUGGUAACCCCCCUCUCCCUAACCCGUACGGCGACACCAACCUGACGGCCCCAGUGAUGCCGGUGCAGCAGCUGGUGGCGGAGAUCCUGUUUGUGAGGACCAGCUAUGUGAAGAAGAUUAUUGAGGACUGCAGCAACUCUGAGGAGACGGUGAAGCUGCUUCGCUUCAGCUGCUGGGAGAACCCUCAGUUUUCCUCCACUGUGCUCAGUGAGCUGCUCUGGCAGGUGGCGUACUCCUACACUUACGAGCUGAGGCCUUACCUGGACUUGCUGCUACAGAUCCUGCUCAUUGAGGACUCCUGGCAGACACACAGGAUCCACAAUGUGCUGAAGGGCAUUCCCGAUGACAGAGAUGGGCUUUUCGACACCAUCCAGCGCUCCAAGAACCACUACCAGAAGCGAGCUUAUCAGUGCAUCAAGUGCAUGGUGGCUCUCUUUAGCAACUGCUCCGUGGCUUACCAGAUCCUACAGAGUAACGGCGACCUGAAAAGGAAGUGGACAUGGGCAGUGGAGUGGUUAGGGGACGAGCUGGAGAGGAGGCCAUACACCGGGAACCCUCAGUACACCUACAACAACUGGUCUCCUCCGGUUCAGAGCAACGAGACCUCCAACGGCUACUUCUUGGAGCGUUCGCACAGCGCACGUAUGACACUCGCCAAGGCCUGUGAACUUUGUCCUGAAGAGCUCAAGUGUACUCAGGGAAGCCCAGGGAAGGAGCCGGAUGAACAGGAAGCACCUGAUGAUCAAGACUCUUCCCCGCCAGAGGACACGUCUCUGUACCCACACUCUCCUGGAACCACACAGUUUCAGCAGAACAACCACCCCCAUGGGCAGCCGUACACCGGGCCCGCUGCUCAGCACAUGAACAACCCUCAGCGUCCUGGUCCUGCCUCUGCCCCGACUCCAGGCCCCGCCCAGACCACCCCAACCCCAGGCCCUGGUCCCACUCCCGGUCCAGGCCCGCGAGCACAAGAGAACUGGGAGAGCACCGAGGAGGUCGCCCCCGCUCCCGCCCCCACCACCUCUUCCUCCACUACCACCCCAGCGCCCGCCCCGCCUAAGGAGUAACGUCCCCUCCCCCCUCUGCUGUGCCUCGAGCCUCCAUCGUCCCGCUCUCCUUCCUCUCAUCCUCCGGUCAACAGAGCUCCUCGCCGGGGCCUCUUUAUCUCUCUCUCUCCCUCUCUCUGGCCCCAGGGCAGGGCAGAGCCAGGCCUCCCACCUCCCCCCUCUCCAGGCCACUUCUCUCCCCGUCGGCCUCUGGGAGGCGCUCUUCCCUGGCCUGGUGACAGGGGCCUGCUGGCGGCUGCUGCAGAGGCGAGGGAGCGGACAAGAAGUUCUAAUAAAGAAAAAUUUACCCAGAGCUGACGAUGCUGAAGCGCUUGUCUACACGACGAAAAGGUGUACAUAGUAUGUUAAUGUUUUUGACUGUUCAGAUCCCCCAGUAGCAUAACUCUGUGUGGUUUGCUGUUGGGAGAUGUUGCAGAUAUUAUGAAAAACAAAAAUGGAUAUUAUAAAUAAGAAAAAUGCCCAAAAAAAAAAAACUGUAAGAAGACAACAACUCCUCUUUGUUUUAUCACCCAUGCUCAGCAGUAAAGUUUGUUCUACCAUCGGACGGUUACUGGUCAUUCAACUGUAGAAGGACGCAUUGUUAUUAUCAUAAUUAUAUUAUUAUUCUUAAGCUCCUUGGCAACCUUAUGACCCAUGCCAAAUCAACUCACGAGCUGUGGUUGGUUUUAGUGUGAGAUAUGGAAUGGUUGGGUGGACUUUUACGGUGUUUGGUUGAUGUGAAAAAGCAGUGAUGCAACAUUGUUCUGAAACUCAUUGCCUUUCUCUUUUUCUUUUCUUUUCUUUUCUUUUUCUUUUGUUUUGGUUCUGGUAAUUAAUUAAAUCCUUUUUGAAGCUCUAGUUAAUAUGCUGUAACAUUUAGCAUGGCUUCUCACCAGAAUAGUGUAGCCCAAGGGAAGACUUGUGAUCAUAACAACCUAAAGCUGUUCUUAAUCCACAUCUCCAGAGGGGUGUUGUUACCCUUAGUUUUUUUUUUUUUUUUCUACUCAUCUACCCUAUCUACAAUGAGGGUGAUAUUUUGAACCAAUGUAUGAAUAAGUGGCUUUUCAAUUGCACAUUAUAAUCCUCCAACUUCAACAUUUGGCAGUUUUUCGGUGGGAUAGACGGCUUAGCUUUCAUCUUUAGGAAUUCUGAAAAAUGAAACACAUAUGCAACAGAAUCGCUGCACUGGGUUAUCUGGUGUAUAAUAGACUGUGUGGUUUGCUUCUGUCUCUUCAAUAGAGCCUAGUUGUAGACAGACUUGUUGCCCAUCGGCUUCCUUUCUGCCGUGGAGCCGGUCAGGUUUUGGCGUCUCCGCUGUGUUUUUCAGGAUGAAGGCGGCAGCGAGACCCUCACCCUGUCGCUCCACGGGGAACAGGUUCCACAGCAGGGUUGUACCGUAAAGAAUAGCGGCUGGUUAGUCAUGUUGCAACUUGAGCUAACUUGUAAUUCUGUAGGAGUAAAAGGUAAACAUCAGUAAAUACUGUAUUUAAUUGGUAACUUGAAUGCAUGUAUUUUUUGAUUUUUUUUUUUUUUUUUUUGUCUAAAACAUACCAAAUACUCCUGCAAAUGAAAAUAUUCUGCCCAUCGUAUUAUAUUUAAAUAUUUUGCUCUUAUUUUAUAGAAUUUAUUUUGUUGUAUUUCACUAAAAAUAGAAUUUGAUUUAAGAGGAACAUUUUUGUCCUUGUGUUAUUUUUAAAGAAGAUAUUGACUGUACAGAGUUCUGCGCCCUGUUUUUUGCCGACUUUUGUUUUGGCCAUGGUGUGACGUUGAAUUCUGGAGCUACAGUCGCGAUGUGGACUUUCACUUUGUGAGGUUUUUUGUGCACAGAAAUAUAACAAAAAAAAAAGCAUUGCGCCCUUAGCAAAUAAAGAACAUGGAAUCUUG